AAUGUCAAAAAAAAUUAACGCGGUUACGAAUCGGCUAUGGGAAGAAUACAGGUGCAGCUUAGAUUAUAACUCACCAAGUUCACAAAAAUUCAUAAAAUUUUUAAACAAUAGAGUGUGAUGUAUUGGAUACAUUGAGUGCUGGAAAAUCACCAGGUGGUCAGUUCCUUCAAUAGAGAAAAAAGUUUACGUGGUGGCUCCUUAAUAUUAGCAGAUAAAUCAUUAUUAUAUAAAGAACGUAAGGAUAUUGUGAGCCUCUCUGUUGAACGAACUGUAGAAAUGGCUUGUGUCGAGCUCGAGCACCUCAUUGUUGUAAGUGUUUACAGACCCCCAUGUGCUACUUAUGACCAUUUUGAAAGGAUUGUGGAAGAAGUUUUACUCAAACUUAGUAAACAGAACAAGUCUGUUGUAAUGUGUGGAGACUUUAAUAUCAAUCUCCUUGAAACUUCUUCCAUUAGUAUUAAGUUUAGCUCAUUGUUUAAAUCGUAUAAUCUUGUAAAUUUAUUCUUAGAACCAACACGUAUUGCUGGGCCUAGUGCGACCUGUAUAGAUAACAUUUUUACAGAUGUUAAGCCCUUGCAUAAAUCAAUUAUUCAAAAUUUAAGUUCAGAUCACUGUGGACAGUUAGUAUCACUACCUUACAUACACAAAAAACAGAAAAAUAAGAAAGUUGUGUUUGUUCCAAUAAAUGAACAUCGCUUGGAGAGGUUUAGAAGUAAUAUAAUAAAAAGACUUCCAUCACUUUCGUUUAAAAAUAGUGCUAAUUAUUUGUAUGCUACAUUAUUUGAAAUUAUACGUUGUGAAUUUAGUAGAAUAUUUACUUCUAAAACUUUCUCUUUUAACAGUCGCAAAUCAUUUAAUGAAUGGGCGACAGUAGGAAUUUAUAAAAGUAGGCGAAGGUUAUACGAGCUUUAUGAUGAAAGAUCAUAUAAUAGUAGUGUUAUAUUUAGAGAUUAUGUAAAAACAUAUUCUAAAAUAUUUAAAAAAGUGUGCUCCACUGCUAAGGCUUUACAUUUAAGCAACAAAAUUAAAACUGCAUCCGACAAAAUUAAAAUGACCUGGAGAAUAAUAAAUAGUGAAACGGGCAAGGUCAAACCGCGCAACUCGGAUUUUCAAUUGAAUAUUAACAAUAAUUUAACGCGAUCUGAUCAAGAAGUUGCUAUGGCUUUUGAGAAACAUUUUACUGAUGUUCCUUUUUUGACAACAAAAUCAUUAAAUUCUUCUCCUACUGUCGCCGAAUCAUUGCUCAAACAAAAUGUAAAGGCUUGUUCAAAUACUUUUAAAUUCCAUAGGGUACUGCCAAAAGAUAUCGUUAAAUAUUUUAAAACUAUUGAUGUUAAGAAAACGGCAGACUUAUGGGGGAUUUCCGUUAAAGUUAUUUUAUCUAUAAUAGAUACAUUAGCACCUUAUCUAGCCACUAUAUUCAAUAUAAGCGUCGAAUCUGGUGUGUUUCCUGAUUUAAUGAAACAUAGUAAAGUCAUACCUAUAUUUAAAUCUGGUAGUACAUUAGACCCCGCCAAUUUUAGACCAAUUUCUGUACUACCAACAUUAAGUAAACUUUUUGAAAAAAUUAUUUUAGAUCAGAUGUUAAGUUUCUUUACUAUUAAUAAAUUGCUACAUAAUAAUCAAUUCGGUUUUACAAGGGGUCGCUCGACAACUGACGCUGGAGUUGAGCUUAUUAAACAUAUUUUUUGUGCAUGGGAGAAUUCAGAGGAUGCUUUGGGUAUAUUUUGUGACCUUUCCAAGGCCUUCGACUGUGUUCACCAUGAGACAUUAAUCAGGAAGCUACAGUACUAUGGUGUCAAGAACACAGCGCUUAAACUUAUUAUUUCAUAUUUAAGUAAUAGAAAACAGAAGGUUAUUAUCAAUGGUAAAAGUUCUUCCGGGUCACCUGUACUAAUGGGUGUCCCUCAGGGCUCGAUUCUCGGCCCAUUCCUGUUUCUGGUGUAUAUUAAUGACUUACCUCACCUUGUAGGGGAUAGUCAUGAUAUAGUAUUAUUUGCUGAUGAUACUUCCUUGAUUUUUAAACUUAAACGUCAAUCAUUUAUAUGUGACGAAGUGAAUAAUGCUAUAUCAAAAUUAGUGCAUUGGUUUAACGUUAAUAAUCUGCAUUUGAACGGAAAUAAAACUAAUUGUGUUAAAUUUACAACAACGAAUGUUCAAAAUCUGAAUACCAAUGUGUUUUUAAAUGGGGAGGAAUUGAGCCCUGUUGUAUCCACUGUUUUUCUUGGCAUCACUCUUGACGCAAAGCUCCAGUGGGGCCCCCAUAUAUCCAAAUUAGCAAGCAGACUAAGUUCUGCAGCCUAUGCUGUAAAAAAGAUUAGAAGUCUCACUAGUGUCGAGACAGCUAGAUUAGUUUAUUUUAGUUAUUUUCAUAGCAUAAUGUCUUAUGGGAUUUUGCUAUGGGGAAAUGCGGCUGAUUCAGAAACUAUUUUUGUUUUACAGAAGAGGGCCAUUAGAGCUAUUUACAAUCUAAAACCGAGAGAGUCUCUUAGAGAUAAAUUCAAAGAAAUUAAUAUAUUAACUUUGGCCUCUCAGUAUAUUUACGAAAAUUUAAUGUAUGUUCACAAAAACAAAGAUAGUUUUAGUAAAAGAAGUGAUAUACAUUCUGUAAACACUAGGAACAAACACAAGCUAGUGAUACCAGUUUCUCGACUCCACAGAGUCAGUAAUUCAUUCUUGGGGCAAUGUAUACGCUAUUACAACAAGGUCCCGGAAAGUGUACAGGUUCUCUCUAUUACCAAGUUUAAAUGUUUUAUUAAGCUGAAACUGUAUAAAAAGGGUUAUUAUAGUAUAAAUGAAUACAUGGUUGAUAAUAACCCCUGGGAAUGAGGUGAUCGCUUCCAAGCAGUUUCUAAAAUAAAUUUUGUAAAUAGUUCGUAAUCAUUUAUAUUGUAAAAUUUAUUUUAAAAAAAAGUCCCGCUGGGUUUCUUGCUGGUUCUUCCCAGGACAGAGGGUUUUUUCGAACCAGUGGUAAAGUAAAAAAUGACUUUCAAUAAGAAUUACACAUGUAAUGUAUAUUGAAUAAAAAAUAUUCUAUUC